AUGAGAACCUCACUUCAGCAAAUCAUCUCUUUCUUCUUCAUCCUCCAUGUUGUGCUAUCAUUGUUUCCACAGUCUCAGGCCGCCGCCAGCGAUGACGGCACUACCACCAUAGCUUUUGCAACCCUAGGUAGAUCUAGCUACGCAUUCGACAUCUACGCUCUCCCCACGUAUGGCCCAUCGAAAGAAACCCGCCUGACCGACGGAAAAUCCGUCAAUUUCAACGGCUACUUCACCUCGUCGGAAUCCCUCUCCAUGCUCCCGAUGCUACCCAAUCGAUCCGACCCGACGACCCAUGUCCUCUACGUCUCCGAACGAAACGGGUCAUCAAGAAUUUACCUUGAUGCGCUCUACGAGACCCCCUUUUCACGAAUCGGGUCAAGGUCCAUACUUGAGUCCCCCACCGAGUCGUCUCGGUUUCAGGUUCCUUUGGUGGGCGACGAGGAACCCGGUAGCCGGGUCUCGAUGAAGGACAGGCCGAGCUUGGUGGGUCUUAAUUUGAUCUACGUUUCGACCCACGAGGAUCCGGGCGUGCCCCGGGCAAGCUGGAACGCAGUCUACUUGACUCACCUGGUGACCGGGUCGACUCGGCGGCUUACACCGACAGGGGUGGCGGAUUUCAGCCCCGCCUUGUCUCCAUCUGGGGUCUGGACAGCAGUGGCGUCGCUUGGGGAAAAGGGUUGGGGCGGGGAAGUUCAAGAACUCGAAACGGAUAUUUACUUGUUCCUGACUCAAGACGGGUCGAAACGGGUCAAGAUCGUUGAGCACGGCGGGUGGCCCAGUUGGGCCGAUGAUUCCACUAUUUACUUCCACAGAAGGUGCGAGGACGGGUGGUGGAGUGUUUUUAAGGCGUCUUUCAACACUAAAGAUGACAAACUCGGUGUUGACUCGGUGGUGACUCACCGGGUCACCCCACCUGGUCUGCACGCCUUCACCCCAGCAGCUUCUAUAGCCAACAAUAGCUUCAUAGCAUUAGCCACGAGACGACCCGGAUCCGAAUUUCGUCACAUUGAGCUGUACAAUUUAGCCUCGAAAAAGUUUACCGACGUGACCCGACCGGUUUCACCAAAUGCACACCACUACAACCCGUUUAUCUCGCCCGACUCAUAUCGGGUCGGGUACCACCGAUGUAGGGGCUCAAGCAAUGACGAAACGGGUCGUCAUAAUACUUUGGUACUCGAGAAUGUUCGGAGCCCGCUGCCCAACGUGUCUUUGUUCCGGAUCGACGGGUCGUUCCCUUCAUACUCCCCGGACGGUGAACGGGUCGCCUACGUGAAAUCCCCGGGCCUUUACGUGAUGAACAAUGACGGGUCGGGCCUCCGAACCGUUCUAACCCGACCCGCCUUCUCGACCGCAUGGGAUUGGAAGAGAAAGGGAGUAGUCUACGCAAGUGUGGGGCCCUCGUUUGCAAGCGAGGGCACAAAAGUCGACAUCAUAUCGACCGACGUGGACAAUAACGACCGAAGCUACAAACAACUGACCCUAGGAGGCGAGAACAACGCGUUCCCUUCACCCUCGCCGGAUGGGAAAUGGGUCGUGUUUAGAUCGGGCCGAACGGGCCACAAAAACUUAUACAUAAUGGACGCUAUAAACGGGGAGUCGGGCGGGCUUUACACGUUAACCGAGGGCCCAUGGACGGAUACAAUGUGCAAUUGGUCGCCGGAUGGCGUGUGGAUCGCGUUCGCCUCGGAUAGGGAGAAUCCGGGCUCCGGUAGCUUCGAAAUAUUCAAGAUCCAUCCAAAUGGCACCGGGCUCGAGAAGGUGAUCCAGAGUGGUUUUGGCGGGCGGGCUAACCACCCGUGGUUUAGCCCGGAUGGGAAGCACAUAGUGUUUACAUCGGACUAUGCUGGAGUUUCUGCCGAGCCGAUUUCGAACUCACACCAUUACCAACCAUAUGGUGAUAUCUUUGUGAUCAAGUCUGAUGGGUCGGGUAUCCGGAGAUUGACCCACAACUCUUACGAGGAUGGUACCCCGGCUUGGAGCCCUAAAUUUACGAGGCCCGCUAAUGUUGAGUGGCCCAUGGAAAGGCCCAAGUGUUCCUUUGAUGAUUGCUAUUGGCUUAGGAUAAGGUCUAAUGAGGUAUUCAGCUCAUCCAAGAGACAAUGUGCUGAGUGA